GUGUCUUAUAGAGCAAAAAAUAUGGCAUUGUAUACAUUCUUUAUAUUUGCAGUUAUUCAUUUUCUUCUUUCUAGUGGGUUUUUUGUCUCCUUCUAGCCCUUUUCUGCAGGAUUCUAUCCUUGUACUGAAAUUUCUUCUGACUUCCUUCAUUCAAGAUCUUUCACUGUGUUGAGUUGGGCUCUUUGUUACUUAAGAUCCAUGCGACCUCAGUGGCAUAGAGUGCCUUCUACCAGCUCUGCCUCUUUUUCCAGGUGGCCCAGGUGUACCCCUCUCUGGACAGGGAUAAGCUGACUGCAGUAAUCUACACUCUGGUGAUCUCUGGUGAUAGUUAGUGCAAUGCAGUGUAUGUGGAACUGUCCUUGAAGACAACUCAGAAGCUGCAACUUGUGUAAAAUGCAGAAGCUAGAUUAAUAACUGGGACCCGAAGUUGCAAACACAGGACCGAUUCUGGCCUGCUUACAUUGACUAUGGGCAUGCUUCCAAGCCCAAUUCAAGGUUCUAGUUUUAACCUGUAAAGUCCUUGGGAUCGCAAUACCUGAUGGAUGUCUGAUGCCUUUCUCUGACUGCUACCUGCAAGGGAGGCCUGGAAAGAGGCAAUGGGAUGAAGGCGCUUCUUGCUGGUGGCCCUCCAGUUGUUGAAUGAUCUCUCCACAGAAGCCUGCCUAGCAGCAACUUGUCAUCUUUUCAGUGCCAGUAGUAGCCGCUCUUCUAAAACUUUCAAACCAAAGAAGAAUAUCCCUGAAGGCUCCCACCAGUAUGAGCUGCUGAAACAUGCAGAGGCCACUCUUGGAAGUGGCAACCUGCGGAUGGCUGUCAUGCUACCUGAGGGCGAAGACCUAAAUGAAUGGGUUGCAGUGAACACUGUGGACUUCUUCAACCAGAUUAACAUGCUUUAUGGGACAAUAACAGACUUCUGCACAGAAGAGAGCUGCCCAGUGAUGUCUGCUGGUCCAAAAUACGAGUACCAUUGGGCAGAUGGGACAAACAUAAAGAAGCCAAUCAAGUGCUCAGCACCAAAGUACAUUGAUUACCUGAUGACCUGGGUUCAAGAUCAGCUGGAUGAUGAGACACUGUUUCCAUCCAAAAUCGGUGUCCCAUUCCCAAAGAACUUCAUGUCAGUAGCCAAGACCAUCUUAAAGCGUCUCUUCAGAGUUUACGCUCACAUUUAUCACCAGCACUUUGAUCCAGUGAUUCAGCUUCAAGAAGAGGCACAUCUCAACACAUCCUUCAAGCACUUUAUCUUUUUUGUUCAGGAAUUUAACCUUAUAGACAGAAGAGAACUUGCUCCACUCCAAGAACUGAUUGAGAAACUCACUUCAAAGGACAGAUAAGCAGAAAUGGAUUUGUGCAAAUCACUUGUUUCUUUAAACAGGCGUGUGGAGUUUUAGGGAUUUGGGCUGCAAUCCUUUAUAUACUAAUUGUGAUCUGUGGGACCUAUGCCUGAGUGUGUGGAGGUUUGCAGCCUUUUAAUUUUUUGGUUUUAGUAACUAAAGGAAAUGUGUUCUGUUUUUAUUUGGGCAGCCUAGAUCCAUUCUCUGUGCUUUUAUUAGAAGAACUCCUUUAUCUUUUAGUGAGACACACAGUAAAUGGCUUUCUGUUCUUGUUCAUUGUGUACUUUUUAAAGCAGAUGUCUUGUGUUUAUAAAAGGAAAAAAAAACAUGCUUGUUGAGAAAUGUGACACUGCUGGUUGUAUGAGUUCUGCAUUGCCAGUUGUAGCCCUUAAAGAGACGUAACCUUCUCUAAGUGCCUUGGCAGACUCUCUUCUGAGGUACAAAGCACAUACAAAGAACAUUGCUGGAAAAGAAAACACACAUUGCUACCCAGGACAUUUACUAACACUUGUUAUAUAAAUAUGUGUAAAACUUUUAAAAAGCCAUAACUUCUGUCGGUGAUCUCCAGCUUUUAAUACAAAGCAAAGCCUUUAGUGAUGAAUGAGGGCUAUGGAAGGGGCAUGAGAGAGGGGGGCUCAUUUUUUAUUUCCUGCUCAGAAACCCACACAGUAAGUCUUGCAUCUGUGGAGGACCAAGGAUAACAUGGGGUUAACCACUUGCUUUGUUGCUUAUAUUUUUUCUGCAAGCGUUAAAGUUCAUUUAGAUCAGUCAGCAUGUUUAUUCCAAGGGUCAGUGCCGGUCAAACGAUACUGUAAGCUUUCCUAUUCAAUAAAUUGGCCAUCUUCCAGGAGCAUCAAGUAGAUAACAAAGGGCCAAGUCAAUCACAGGGAACACCAGUAAUGGUAAUAAAGAGCCCUUUUUAAACUUUCCAGUCCACCAUAGUUACUUGAAUCCUGGAAGACUGCUCGGCUAAGUUCCAUGGGUUCCUCAGAUCUUUUUAUAAAUUGCCUGAAUCCAUCGUUACGAUGUGGAGGCCUUGUCAUCACAUUCUUCCUGAGCACACAGUCCCUUUGCGGUCUGUGUUAGAUAACUCUUCCUAUACAGAGUACAGUUGCAUUUUGACGACUUGCUUUUAGGUGCAGUUUAGAUGACUUGGUUUAUUUUUGAUGUAACUUGUCAUUCUUCCUUCCUCAAUUUUUUUUCCUUUGAAUUGAGGAAAAGAGCCAGUAUCAUUUGACCAGUCUUCUAGUAUAGACCACUGCUUGGGGAUGUUCGUGAUAAGAUAUUGUGAAACUCAGGACUUUUCAUUCUGAGAAACUGAAACUGUGAGCCAUCUCUGUUUCCUACACCUUAGUACCAAUCUCAGGUUUUAUUCAGAGUUCUUUGUACAAACACAUCUGACUGGACAUUAGAAAUGUACGAAUUGUUUGAGCAUAUAGUAUUAAAGGAUAAUCACUUUCACCCUUUGCAACACAAUUUGCAUAGACUGAGUGAAAGCAAUGAAUUGGUGUAGAAAAGGUCUUCAUUCUGGAGGACCUGAAGCCCACUUCCCAUAUUAGCACCAUGAUGACCACUUAUUAUAGGUAUAUGCACAAUUCUUAUGCACAGUAUAUGCUUCCAGUUUCUAUGAGAUUGUAUGGAUGCAGUGUGCUUGAAGCACUUCUAUAGGUCUGCAGCAUGUUCUUGAGCAUGAUAAUGGCCUUGAGUUAUAAAUAAUUCAGUUAUAAAGGGAAAAACAAAUUGCCCUCAUCACUUUAUCUGAUUUAUUGAAUUCAUGCUCUUGGCCUUGAAAAUAUAAGUACCGCUUGAUUGUAGUUUAUACAAUCUAUAUGUAGAUUGCAUAUAGACUUAUAAUUCAGCAUGCACACCUAGUAAAAUUAAUAAUCUGGAAUUUGGAUAGUAUCUAAUACCACUCCUGACAUGCUUUGUCACAUGCCACUUUUGUCUGUACUUGCAUUUAGAAGUCUGGCUCACAGUUCUGAAAAAUGAAAGUCCAAGUAGUGCCAAUUAUUACUUAAAUGCCCCAAAGCCUCAUCUAGCAAUUUUAAUUGCUCAUAAUGGAUGCCUAUUGAAAAAAUAAUCCUACCACAUCUCCUGCAGAAAUAUGUUUGGAUCUAGGAACUUUAAAAUAUAUAUUUUUAGAUUUGGUCAUAGUAUAUCACAAUCUUUGUUCUUGAAAUAACAUUCUUUUAGGGACUCUAGUGAAUACAAACAGGGUGUACUAAGUUUCAAGUACUCAUUGAAAAAAGUAUUUAGUAAAAAGUGUUGGUUGGUUUAAUUGCUGAUUUUCUUAUUGGAAACUAAAAUACUGGAGAUCAUUGUCUGAUAAUGCUGUUGGUUAAAUUCUGAUUUCAUUAAACAAGACAAAGGCAUUGGGACUAUGAAGACAAUGUAAUAUGAAUAUUCGUUAUUUGUACUGCAUUGAGAACUGUCCAUUUUUUGGUGGGAAAAUUAUUCACUGUUUGAGGGUAUAUUAAAAUGCAAAUCUAAAAGUUUCCUUAUUUUUCAGCAGAACAAAGAUCUUGAAAGCUGAACAUUAUACUAUCAUUUAAAAAAAAACAAAAAUAUAAUCUGGAUCUAGAGUUUAACUUUAAUGAGAUGCACUGCUUGAUACUGAAUUGCUUUUUUAUAUCAAACAUUGGAUAUUCAGGCCUGGUGAAUACUAGGAACAGAUUUUAUACUCACAGCCAGCCAUUUCUUAACACCAUUUUCCUUCCACAGUGAAGGAAGAGCCUUAGAGCUUCAAAAGGCUGAACUAGUUUUGCCCUUAUUUCAGCUGCUGGUCCUUGGUGAUGUAGUUAUAAACUUCAAGAGGUAAUUGAUCUCUGUUUCAUGACCCUGGGCACUACUAAUGAUCACAAAAGUAGAUGCAAGUCCAUUAAAACCAGUAGUGUUAUACUUUCUUGGGCCAGUCAUUGAUUUGAUUUAGAGGAUUUUACAUUGGUAGGACAAAACUUCAGCAUUACAACAGGAAUCGUAUGUUGGCUUUGCAUAUUCACAUCAGGGAUCCAUGCUAAUUGCAUAAGUAUAAAAAUGUCCCACAUUCUAUUGUUAAGUGGUAGCUGGAUUUUAGAGAGACCAACUUUCCAAAGGACAGGUAGUCUUUUUGCAAGUUCAUGUCAAGUUUUCUUUUACUGCUUACUAUGCAAUGUACAAUUCUCAAUAUCUGUAGUUAAAACAGAAAAACAAACUCUGUUAAUAUUUUGGAACUGAAAUCUCUCUCUCAAGUUCCCUUCACAGGCAAAAGGCCAAUUUGCUGCUAUUGACUCUAAUCUUAACUUCUAAAAAUUUCAUUUCCACAAACCCUUGUCUUGGAUUGCUAUAUGAAGAUAUAAUUGUGCGUGUGGUUUUUUUUUUUUUUUUAAAUAACACUUUUGUUUGGGGAAUAUCUCAAACCAGCAGACUCUUAUUUCCCCCCCAGAAUACUAUAUUACAGGUUAAUGCCAGUUUUCUUAUUGCUAAAUCAUAACAUAAAGAUGGACCUGCCAGUUUUUCAGUUGCAAAGCUCUCAUAUCGCUUAAUAAUUGUUUGACAUUGUAUUUCUUUUAAUAGAUUUUGGGUUUUCUAGACUGCAUCUCUAGAACCAAUAGCCACGUUAGGAGUGAGGUAUUUACAUCUGCGUAAAAGUUUAGUUGGUAUCUUAUUUCUGUCAUUCACACAUGAAGUUUCCUUUUUUAAAAAAUAUAGUUCCCUCCUAAAACUGCAAAUUCAAAUUAUAAAAUACUUUUAUUUGCUUGUAUUUUCCCUCAAGAGCACUGUUCUUUCAAUAGUUUUUCAUAGAUUACUGUAUUUUUAGGGGAAAUUGAUUUUUAUAGCCACUAAACUGUACUCAUUAUUUUUGUACAUGUGCAACUAGAUCAUCUGGGAACACAAAUCUUUUAAAAAGUUACUUGUUUGCAUUUUUAAUACAUUUACUCGCAGAUACCGUGUUGCUAAAUAUUGCCAUCAGAAUUGAUACCUUCUGAUAUGCAGUGGAGAACCAAAAGACUUGAGAAAAGUUUACUAGUAAUCCUGGUACAUGCAGACUGUGGAGAGAACCAUCUAAUUCCUGCUAACUGGCAGGGCCUUAGAUUCAGUGUUGGGGAAAGGAGACCAAAUAGCUUGUACUCUCCUGACGGUGGAAACACACACAAGUACAGGAUGGUUCCUUGAAGUGGCUGCUGAGCAUCUGCCAGGGCCGCAGCUUCCAGUUAGAAUGAAGCAAGUUUUAAACCACUAGCAGAACAGUUCAACAUUGUUAGAAAGUCCUGUUUAAAGUUACAGUUGGUGGUUGUGAGAAGUGGGGUGGGUUGUAUCCUUAUACACAAGAAAACAGCACUUUGGGGAGAAGGCUACAUUUCAACCAUAUUCCUGACUGGCUUUCUAUUUGUGGUGAGUUCUGUUUCAUUUAAGCAUGAAAUCCCACUCAUCCACCCACCCCCAUUUGAAAAAUCCUUACACUCUGCUUCUGCUAAUUGAUUGGAUCCCCUUGUGCUUGGUUUGAUGCUGUAUGUGGGGUUUGCCUUCGUGUCUGAGCUCACCUAAUGACAUAGCUGCUGUCACCCUAAAUUUGACAGCAAGGCUGUCUAUCAGAGGCAAAAAUGUAUUGGAGAUACAAUGCUGUAAUCAUUCCUGUGUCUUUUAAGUAUAUCAAAGUAGCUGGAUUUUAAAAAGGCUUAAAAUACAAAAUGCAACACAGAGACCUGUACUGUAAGCAGACUGUGCCAAUAUUACUUCAGUUUGUAGUCAUUGAUCAAUGCUAGUUUUAAAGGAAAACAGCUUUUGAUUUACAAAAAGCUGAAUAUCUGAAAUUCUGCAACACAUAUAUUGGAAAGAUGUAAAUACUUUAUACAGAUUGUUGUAAGUGAUGGGAUGAAAAAAAUAUAUAAAUACUAGGCUUUUUCAGUAAGGAACUGAAUGCUGUUUAUAAGAAGAAAAAUAAAUAGCUAUGUUUGAUCACAA